AUGGAGCAACAUGACAACAGAUUUACUGGUGAAUUCAUUUCAUCAAUUAUUCUGGCACAUAUUGACAUUUAUAAUGAAAUUCAUUUAAACAAACAAUUCAAUAAUGGUACAAUUGAUAGUUCAAUUUCAUUUGAGUUUCAUCCAAAUACAUUCAAACAAUUAUUUUAUAUUCUCGAACAGUUGACAAUGAUAAUAGCACAAAACUCAAAUCCAGCUCUUAUUCAUAUUCUAACUGUAUGCGUAAGAUUAUUUAAAACGCAUUUACAAUUUCUUUGUACUAUGAAAUCAAAUAUUGGUAGAGAAUUAUUGAUGAAACUUGAUGAUGAAAUAAGAAAAACUGCUCAAGACUCUCCCAUUGAAAAUAUGGAUAAUAUUGAUGUAAGAACAUUUGCAAGCGACGAUGAAUUAAGAAAAUGGUUUGAUUUAUUAUUGAAAUUAGCUUGUAAUGAUGAUGACAUAGUGGAACUGACAAUACUUUAUAGAGAAGCGUCGAAAGCUUUGAUUUAUGUUAUGGAUUUAAAGACAAAAUCAUUUACAGAAAAACUAUCAUUUAUUCAUAAAUAUAUUAUUGAAAAUAAAUAUCAUUCAUUAGUCGAACAACUAUUCAUCGAACUAAAUAAAACGGUCACAUUAUUAUAUUGGAUCGAAAUCUUAUGUGGCAAUAACAAAUCUGAAAAAACCAAAGCAUUGACAAUAUUGUAUUCAUUCGUCGAUAUUUGUUUGAGUCCAACGAACGAUUUAAGCGAAGAACAAAAACAACAAAUUAAACAAGUAUUAUCUCUAUUCCAACAAUUUUUUCUAGUCCGCUUAGUGCCACAAUCCAAAAUGAAAAGUAUUCAAUGUGAAGCGGCGGAUAAUAAUGAAAUAGAUGAACUGGAAACAUCAAUUGGUACUACUUCUGCAUCAGUUUUCGCUCAAUAUAUCUCAUAUAUAUUUAGAAAUUAUGUGAAUAAAAUGGAGAAAACAGAUGAUUUAAUCAAUCAAAUUUUUGUUGGUUUGUAUUUAAUGACACAAACAGAGAUCUUUAGUUUCGCCACUGUUCAACCAAUGUUCACGGCUAUCUUGCCAUUACUAGCAGAGCAUUUACUACAGUGCAUAAAUAGUGAAGAAUGCAUUAUGCAUUGUCUUUAUUCGCUAAUUGGGAAAAUGAGUUAUGUGAUGAUUGCUGGUCCACAACAAACUUCAUUGGAAAUGAAACACUUCGACCAAUUGAAAUCGUUUCUGUUUGCUGGUGGAUGUGAAAAAACAACAAUCGAAUAUAAUAAAUAUUUAUUGAAUUUAUAUAAGUGUGAUCUCGCCAUUUAUAGUAAGUUUCAAUUAUCGUAUGCAAAUCAACAGUCAUCAUCAGAUCAUGAUUUUUUAAUGUCAGUAUAUAAUAACAUUGAUCAAGGUGCACAAUUAAUAUCGAAAAUGAAAACUUAUAUCAAAAAUCGAGAUCAUUUACUUCAAUCAAUUGUACAACAAGCGAAUGAUGCAUGUGCAGCUCUAUUCGCUGUCUACAUUAAACACUAUCGUCGAAUUAAUAUUGCUAAAUCGGAACUAUCUCGAACAGAUGAUAAAAGAUCUCAUAACAAACUUUUAUCACUUUAUAAAUAUGCAAGUUAUGUUCAAACAUUAUUUGUCACAACGAAAGCACAAGGUGGUGAUUGCAAUGAACUACACAAACAAAUCAAAAUGAAAACAUUAUUUUUAUUAUCAACCGUUAAAGAAAAUAAUUUGAUUCCCAUAAUUCAAGAUGAUUUAUCGGAACUAACGACAAGCACAAAACUCAUGACAACUGUACCACAAGAAAGAACAGGAUUUGUGUUACAGCGACAACGUUCACGGAGGACAAAAGCAAAGCAUUUAUUUACAAUACUACGACAUACACUGCAUGCUUGUAUUCAAUUUAAAAGAUUAAUGCUAGCCAAAAGACAAGCUAUUAAACAAAAUCAAGAAAAUGAGAGUAUUUUAAAUAAAGAAAUCAGUAAGUUUGUUUGUAGUGAUCUUCACAAAGAGAUUACAUCAAUAGAAAAUGAAGAAACAAAAUCGGAAUCCGAUGAACUCUCUCAAUGCAUUGUACAACAGCAUGAACGUGCAAUGACUCGACUGGUUGCAUAUCGAUUCAUUCAUACAUUUAUACAAAAAGCAUUAAAAAUUGAAGAAGAAAAAAAACGAACUUUAAUGAUUCUAAUGGUAUAUUUACCUUAUCUGAAAAACUCAAAUGUUGAUUGGUUCUACUUAGAAAACAUUGAAGCAACAAACAAUGAAUUGAAAGAAGAAAUUCGAAAUAGUUAUUAUUCAAUGAUUAAAACUGUUCUAUCCUGUGUUUUACAAUCAAAAAUAUUUGAAUCAAAAAUAUUCGAACGAAAUAUGUUCAACUUACUAAAUCUAUCGUAUAAAUCGGUUGACAUUCGUCUUCUACAUCAUUAUCAAUUUAUUGAAAUAUUAUUCAAAACGUAUGUCAGUUUUGUAGAAGAAGCAAAUCGUACUGUUUCACUUCAUACGAAAUUAAUCGGAUACAAUUGGUUUCGACUUUAUGUAUUGAAAGUAUGUGAAAAUAUUCAAAUAGAUGAAUUGAAGGAAAAUUUUAACGGAGAAUUAGCACAACAACAACAAUUUAUCUUUAACACACUACUUUUAAACGAAUUGAAAGGAUUGAGACGACUGAAACAAACAUUAUUAAUUGAUGCAAAACACGACGAUAAUGUGAAUUCUGUUGAAUAUAGAAAUCAUUCUCUAAACAAUUCUUCUUUUGGAUGGUUCAUUCAUGUAACAACAAAAACAAAUAUAAUUAAAACAUCAAAGUUUUCAAAUAAUUUGUUAUCAUCGAAGUUUGAAAUUGAACUUUGUACAAACCAAUGGUUAACACUUUUACUGCGAUGUGUUCAUUUGUGUGAACAUGUUCGAUCUGUGUGUGGAACUGCUGAUUUCAUUGAAGAACUAUUAUAUAUUUAUCGAAAUAGUGAAAAUAGAGCGACGAUUUUACUUACAUUGAAAAUUUUACGCGACUUACUCCCAUUUUUACAGGAAACAACAAACACAAUGUCAUGUUCAAUGAUUAACAACCUAUUAAAUGAAGUUUUAUUUUCUAUCGGUGAUAGUUACACUUCACAAUCCAUCGCAUCAGAGACAGUCACUGAAUUAAUUUAUAUUUAUCGUACAAUAAUGUCUUAUAAGUCACCAUGGCAAAUGAUGGCAACGCAACUAAUUUUCGAUAGUAUCACAUCAAGUUUGAAUAAUAUCGAUGGAAAAUUACUCGAGACCAUUGACACAAAACAAUGGAACUAUUUACUAGCAUCAUUAUAUAUAUUAGGUGGAUACAUCCAACCGUAUGGCUUGGGUUCAGUCGUAAAAAUAUGUAAUAGUGAAGAAAGCAAUGAAUACGAAUUAGGUAUUAUCAUUGAUAUCGAUACGAAUGCUCGUGACCUAGAUACACCUGAUGCAUUGCCUUAUUUUGUUCAAUAUUUACAAGAAAAUAAAACUGAAUGGGUUACAAUCGAUAAACUAAAAGUUAAAGUAGAUGUUUCUCCACCUAAUCUACUCGUUUUAACAAAUACUAGUGAUUCAAAUGUAGCUAUCCAUUCACUUCUUGACGCAUUAGGAUAUAUCAUACAGAUUGGUGAUAUAUCAUCAAGUGAUUCUUUGCGUCUUUUACAACUUAAACGUUAUUCUAUUACUACUCUAUAUAGAAUCUUAAGUAACAAUCAAAUAAUCGAUAUUUUUAUGCAAAAACCAUAUGCUUCAUUUAUUGCCAAAUUAUCAACGACAGAUUCAUUUGGAGAAAAUGGUUUUCAACCAGCUGAUUUACGUUUGUUUAAUAGAUCACAUUUGGAACAAUACAGUUUCAGUUUAGAUAGGUAUGAACAAUUGGAAAAAAUAGUAGAGAAUAAUCAUAAUAAUGUUAGUGAUCGAAUUUCUCAAAAUACAACAACUGCAGAUAUUCAAGUUGAUUCUUCAUUUAGUAUUUACAAUAAGGUGGAUAUUAAAUCAGAUCAUUCAAUUGCUAAUACAUCAUCAACAAGUACAGUGAUAUAUCACGGAUGGAAACCAUAUGCAUCAAAAUUUGAAAUUGAUCUAUAUAAGAAGGGACGAAUUGGUAGCGAUGAAAUCUCAAUUGUUUCAUUUACACGCCAUGCAGCUGAAUCGGGUGUAAUUCAAGAAUGUGGUGAGACACAUCGAUUUAGAGGCCGAAUUUAUAUAAAUGAUUCUAACAGACACCAAAGCUUUCCUACAUUUGUUGUUGAAAAUUUAGAAUUGAGUAAAGGUAAUUGGUACUAUUGUAUUAAGUUGCCAUUUGCCGGUCUUGUCCAAAUCGGAUGGGCGACAACCGGAUUUAUACCGAAAUCUAAUGAAGGAUUGGGAAUAGGUGAUGAUAAAUAUUCAUGGUCUUUUGAUGGAUCACGCGGUACUUUGUACAAUAAUCAAGAAUUUCGGUUUUUGUCACAAAAUAUUCGUUGGAAACCAAACGAUGUUUGUGGUUGUGGAAUCGAAAUUAAUGGUGAAAAUACUCGAAUUAAAUAUUGGUUGAAUGGAAAAUUCUUGGGAACAGCAUUUGCACAUCAAUCAAAAAUUGAAUCGACAACAAUUAAAUGUAAUCUGUUACCAAAUGGACCGAGUACAACGUAUUAUCCCGGUAUUACUAUGCAAGCACGCUACGGUCAGGAAAGUUGCUGUGAAUUUAUAUUUAGUCCAGAAGAUAUGAUAGAGUGUCCAUUGCCCGAAGGUUACAAACCAAUCUUAAUGCCACAAUUAAUUCAUAAUAAUGAUUCUAUUGUUGCUUAUCCGUACAGUGCCUAUUUGGUUGGUGAUGAUGUUCAAGACUUUGUUUAUACAUCACGAAGUACAUCAUCAACAACCCUUCUACGUGAUUUUGUCAAUGAACAUCAUAUCGAAGCUGCAUUAACAAUCAGUGAUCAUCAAUUAAUAUUGACGAAAGAUAGUGAUGGCUUCCCAUUUUCGAUUGACAAUCCAACUGCAUCAUUAACGAUUAGUUUUCAUUUUCAAAUUUUAACACAAACUGAAAACAGUUCAAAUGACAAAUUUGACAUUCUACUAUUUACAUUACAAACAACCGAAGAACAUUCAGUACGAAUAUCAUUAAAUAAAAAGGAUCAAGAAAUAAGAGCUGUAAUUUUAAUUGAUUCAGAAGAACGAGAAAUUAAAAUCUAUAUAAAUAACAACAUUUGGCAAACAAUCAAUGAUGAAUUUUUCGAUAAGCAACCAAUAACGAAAUUCAAUUUUCAUUUUCUACCUAAUAUUGCUGCUGGAAUAAAAAAUUUUGCUGUUUGGAAAUACGCACUUUCAGAAGAAUAUAUUCGACGUGUAUUUGCUAGUGGUGUAUCUUAUGUAGCCCUUGAUUAUAAACAACGGAACGAAUAUCGAUUGCAAGCGAACACAUUUACAUUCACAAAAAAUCAAGAACAAUUUCAAAAUGAAUUUCUAGUUCCAUUCAAUGAAUCAUUUGAUGAGACUACAUGGAAACAAAAACAAAAACAAGCUGACAUGGAUGAAUCGAAAUAUUUUAAAACAAUAAAUGAAAUUGAUGAAUCAGUUGUACAAUUGUACGGAAAUAAAAGUUAUCUCGUUGUGAAAAAAUCAAUACAUCCAUGCUACGAUUAUACACUUAUUCUCGAUAUUUCAAUACCCAAUUUUGCAAAGAAUGGAGAACGAUUAACAUUAGUUAUGUUUAACUCACAAACGAAAAUAGUUAUAACGUCGUUCGGUAAAAUUUGUCUUUCUACGACAGAAGAAAAUAAGGAAACUGAAUCAACAUUAAAUUUAAAUCAAUUUCUACGUUUACUUAUUAGUGUAGAUAAUAACUUUGUCAAAAUCUAUGUAAAUGGAUUGUUAGCACUUGCUGUUGAGAUCCAAAAUAACUCAUUGGUUAUGAAUAUGAAUCAAAUUUAUUUGUUUAGAGAGGAUGAAUUGACGAAGAAUACAACCAAUGAUGAUACGCUUCGAAUUCAAUGCAAAUCAAUUACAUUUCUAAAUCGAUCAAUAGUAACGUUUUACUUAGAUGAAGCACUGAAAUCACCAAAAUAUUCACUGGAAACAUUAAUUGCACCACCAUUUUCAAUAAUCGCAUCAACUCUAAUCAAUAUUGGAUAUGAAGUCGAAUGGAUAAAAUCUGUUAUGAAACAACAUAAAACGACUAAUAUUCAAUUGAUUGAUACAAUUAUACGUGAACAUAAAGAAGAAUUUUUAAAGAUAGACGUUCAAAAGCGACGAAACCGUACUUUAAAUAUUUUGUCAAGAUUAGGUUCAUCGAUUGAUAAGGAAAAACUAGAAAACUUAAUUCAUACUUUAGAAAUUGAUACCAAUGAUCAAAUGGCAACUAUUGGUGAGCUCCUGUUAACUCUUUGGAAUGAUUUUCAAACAUCAAAACCUUUAAUUGUUGAAACAGAAAUUAAAGAUGAUACUAGCCUAGAUAAGAAGGAAAAUAUAUGGUUCCAUCAUGCAACAGAUGAAUUCGAUUUAAAUUAUAUUUUUGCUGAAUGGAUUCGGGAUAAAUCCAUAGCAACGCAAGAAACAGAUACUACUUAUCAACUAUUCGAUUUGAGUAAAUCGGAACAAGAACAAACAAUAACAGCAACAACAAUAUUUAAUAAACGAACAAACAUUAAAAAAUCUAUUCAAUAUUCACAUAAGAAUAUUUUACACAAACAAUACUUAGAUUCUCGUAUUGCUUGUGAACAUGGAUUAAUAUCGAUCUAUGCUCGUUACACAAUUUUGAAUAUGUUGAAAGUCUGGUCAAGUAAUAGUCCAUAUAUAUUUCAAUUGGAAAAAUUUGGUGAUUAUCCAUUCAUUAUAAAAUUAUUACGAUCGAUUGACUAUCAUUACACAUAUACAAGCAUAGGUUUAGAUGACAGUGUGGAUGCAAUAAGUUUUUUAGUAAAAUUGAUUCUCAAAAAUGAAAUAAAAUAUUUAGUUGAAAAUCCUAGUGCUAACAGUGAAGUUUUGUUAAACAAAGUACCCUUAAUUUACCAUUUACAAAAGGAUAUUAUUAUUGAAUCGAUUCAAUUUUUAUUGAAAAUCUCGUUAUUAAUAGACAAUUUCAAUGGCGAAAAAACAAUUAUUGAUGAACAAACAAAAAGAGAAGAAUCGAAUUUAAAUUUUAUUCUCAAAAUAGUAAAUGUUUUUGUUGAAUUAGUAGCUGAUAAAUCAACGAUGAAACAAGAUGAAAUCGAUGCACUUAUUCCAUUAUUAUUUCCCGAGCCGUUAAUCAGUGUGAUAUUCGAUCUAUUUCUAUUGCUUCCAACGCAUCAAUCGAAAAUUUUCAUUCUUCAUCUAUUUGUUACGUGA